AUGCAAGAGCUUGAACAGUUUGGUGACACAUUUAGCUUUGAGCACGAGCCUGAAAUCUUGUCUGCCGAUCAGAUUGAUAUACUUGUCAACAAUGCCGACACUGCUGCUGAUGACUUUGUCAUCCAAGUUGUUCCUACAUUUGAAACCUAUUCCAUUAUGGAAAAGAUUGAGUCGAAAUUGGGCAAUUUGUACAAUAACUAUGACACCGUGAUUGUUUCUAAAAGAGACAAGGAGGCAGAGAAUAAAGAGGCAGAGAAUACGCAAUCAGUCAGUGUGCUCCACCAUCUCGCUUCGGAUAGUGUCGCUUCGGAUAAUGUCGAGGCAAAGAAUGAAGCGCAACUUCAACAAGAAAUAGAAAAUGAUUUUGCUUUGGCUGAGAAAUUGGCCUUGGAAGAAGAUAAACUGAAUAGCCAACCAAUCACAAUUUUAGAGGAUUUCAAUAAAAUCAAUUCAACUACAACUCAGCCAAAUAAUCUCUUCACAAACUAUCAGUUUUUUACACCUGGUAUUUGGUCGGGAUUGAUAAUUUCCGGUUUCUUGUUACUAAUCUUGUAUGCUGCUAUUGAUUGGUUAUCUUCUUUAGAGCUUACCUACGCCUCGUUUGAGAAACAAGUUGACUUUGACAAAAAGAAUGAAUAA